AUGGCGCUUCCUGGAUGGACCUCCGUGGACUGGACGCUGGUCGCCACCGCAUCUUUCCUCUGUUUCUUAUGUUUAUGUGUUCGCUACAGACGCACAGGACAAGUGUUUUGGAGGAAAUUGUUGAGCAAAGCCAUGGCCCGCACGGAGAGGCCGUUGUUCCGAAUCGCGUACACGCUCUACACAAGGACCAGGCUUGGCUACAUGUACUACAAGAGGCAAAUGAGGAAAGCCCGAGAACAUUACCCCGCUGGACACUCCACAGCUCAGCCCAUGGAGUUGGAUGGUAUCAAAAUAAUUCCCAUCUCGGUACUGUCUGACAACUACAGCUACCUCGUGAUUGACACAGCCUCCAGUGUUGCAGUAGUCGUAGACCCUGCAGACCCUCAGACAGUUCAGGCAGUCCUUGAGGAAGAGGGAGUGACGUUAGAAGCAAUACUCUGUACACACAAGCAUUGGGACCACAGUGGGGGGAACAAAGGGCUGAAAAGGCUUCACAGCUCCUGCAGAGUUUAUGGAAAUGCAGCUGAUAACAUUCCUGGCCUCACACACCCUCUCUCCGACAAGGACUCAGUGACAGUUGGCUGUAUGCACUUUAAGGCCCUCUUCACCCCUGGACACACAGUGGGCCACAUGAUCUACCUCCUCGAUGGCCGGACGGUCGGCACCCCCUCGAGCCUCUUCUCUGGUGACCUGGUGUUCCUCUCAGGAUGUGGGAGGAUGUUCGAAGGCAAUUCAACAAUAAUGCUCUCAUCUCUGGACACAGUUGCCUCCUUAAGUGACGAUACUCUGUUAUGGCCUGGUCAUGAGUAUGCAGAGGACAACCUGCUGUUCGCUGCUGAGGUUGAGCCACGCAACGCUGCCAGGGAAAACAAAUAUCAGUGGGUGCUGCAGCAGCGAGGCCAGAAGCUGUGCACAAGUCCCUCCACUAUCGGAGAAGAGAGGAAGUACAAUCCUUUCCUGCGCAGCCACACUGCGGAGCUCCAUCUGGCCCUGGGCAUCCAGCAGUUCCAGGAUGAAGACUGGACCCAGUUUAGGGCCAGGGUGCUGGAGGAGCUACGGAAACGCAAAGACCUCUACAACAGGAGAUAGUACUGGGAACACUAAGAAGAGACAUGAGCUAAACAAGUACGAAAAAGUAGCAAUCUGCAGCUGUAAGUUAACGAUGAGUGGAGCUCUGAGGUACUGUGUAAAAGACUCAAUCUGUUCAAAGAAACUGGAAAUUUUAAGGGGCAUUAAGUAAUUUUUUUUUCUUUAUUAACCUGUGCCAGAGACCACUAGGAACAUAGUCUCAAUGUCAUUAUUACUACUACUACUACUACUACUACUAAUCAGUUACCUCUGCACAUACUGUACGUUAUGUUAAUUUUGUGUUUUUAGACAUGAUAAGGCUCAUUUAUUGCAUCUUUAACAUAGAGACAUAAGCAGUAUUGUAGAUUUGCAUGAGUAGCUUUGUGUUACAAGUAGGUACAACCAACUGUUUGAUUCUUGUGUACGAAACACAAGGUGAUACAACUUGAGUUAAUUUAGUAUAUUAGGUACUGUGUGUCUUUUUUUUUUUUUUUUUUUAGUACACAGCCCAGUUGAUUUUAAGGCAAGUAAUACAUUGUUUUAAAAUCCUUUAAUACUGGCUGUAAUUGGUAUGCUGGUUUCACAUUUACAGUGUUGUUGAAGAGUAACACUUCUCCCUGGAAUUUGUGAUUUUUGGACUUGAGUAUUUGAGUAUGAAUGUUUAUUUUGAUAGAUUAUUUUAAGCAAUAACGGUACUACUACUUUAACGAAUAACAAACACUCUUUGCUGUUGGUACUUUGUGUUAAAGGCAGACCAAUAUUUUGGGGCACAAAGUCUUUACACUAGUCUUUUAUGUGAAUCUUUGUUUGCUGAACCAAUUUUGUUUUUAAUUUAAAAGAGAUUCAUGUGAUUGGGUUACUACUUUUAUUUUAUAAUUCACUCAUGAAACAGCAAGAAUUCAUCUGAAAGUGGGCCCUAGGUAUUGGAGAUGGAACACAUAUUUUCUAGUACAGCCCUUAUUUGUGCCUCUCAGCAUAUGAUUUUUUUGCUGAGCUAAUAAUUGUUCAACAUUUAGAAUUGUAUUUUUCAAGUGUCAGUACUUGGAAGGGGAACAGCAGCAUUUGUGAAAGAUUUUACUACAGGUAGUGCAUUGUAAUGUAUGAAACACGACUGAAAUGCUGUUGAUGGGGUGAUUUUUUUUUUUUGUUAGCCUGUAGAAUUACUUAAAACUGCCAACAGUAAUAAUGAAGAUUAAACCUACAGGGUGAGGUUGAAUCAAGCAAUCUGGAGCCAUACACUAAGUUCUUCGAUCCCUUUAGACAUCCGUUUAAAAUGUGUAAUAUUUAAGAGUAAGAUGCUGAUUUCAUUUUCUGUAAUAUGAGAAUACAGUGUGAUAUUGACUGUCGAUCUCACUUUCAGAUUUCAGAAGUAAGGUUUUUAUAGCCAAUUUGAAAACUUUGAAAGCGAAAUUGUACAUAUUUUUUUAAUAUAUUGGAGGAUUUAUUAUAUUGUGACAAUAGAAUGGAUGAAAAUGAUUUCAGUAUAAUAAACACUGUCUUCUUCCCAUA